CUCCGCACCUGGAGCGAUCCACCCACCUCGGCCUCCCAGAGUGCUAGGAUUACAGGCGUGAGCCACCGCGCCGGCCCCAGAGCUAACGUUUUGAGGAUACUUGCUCUAGGCCAGAUCCUGUGCUGAAUGGAUUACAAAAAGUAUCUCAAAUAAUGCUUACCAUAGGAUGUAGUUCCUCUUAAUGUGCCCGUGUUUUAGGUGAGGAAACAGAAGUUUAGAGAGGAAGAUAGCUUGCUCAGGGCUGAGUUAACAUCAUGGUACCUCUUCAGCACAGGCUAGAGAACCACAUUGUGGGGGUGCUCAGAAAGGGAUUCCAGGAUUACCAAGAAAUUGCACCGGAUGACUUUGAAGGGCCCCUCCCUGAGAAGUAGUGAUUCCGAUUUUUCCUAAGGCAGGAUUCUACUCUACCCCAAUAUGUGAGAACCAGAGCCAGGCAGAGGUUGUGGUGACUACAGGGAGGUGGGACAAAAUGAUGGUCCAGUCCCACAGUAUCCUGUCCUGGGACUCUUGGGAGUCAGGGCCCUAGGAUCUCUCCUCAGGUUCCUCUUGAAAGAGCUCUCUUCUAGAAAAAGGAAAUGGCCAGAGCUGGCAGUGAGAAGUUGUGACCACAGGGUGGCAGCAGCGCUUCAGCUGCGGAGGGCAACUCUAUAGGUCCAAAGCAGUGCUUUCUGGUGAAUAUGGGGGGGGGUCUGUCUACAAAGAUCUGAAGCCAACCCCAUUCUCUGUGGGCUCCAAAACCCUUUAGUUUCCCUCUAUAUCUUACUUUUCUAUCCACAAGCAAAUCUUGGAGCAGUGAUUCCAUUUUUAACCCUCCAAGAGGCACCAAGCAGAGGUGGGAAAGGGCUGUGUGAUCUUGACCACUGGCCCCAGCCAGGGGAGGACCAGGCUGUGUCAUCCUGGCCAGUUUUCACACUGGCUCUUCCCUCUCUCCUGUUCCAGAAAAUAAUACCUGACCCUGCCUGACAAGAAUUUCUCUAUGCUUUAGUCUACAAGUUAGGAAAGCAGGGUAGAGAUAAAUUGAAGCUCUCCAACCUGUUGAAGAAUUGGGGGUGCUUAUAAAGGCUCCCCAGGGCCUGGCUCUGACAAAGCGUCUGCAAUUAAUGAUGCUUCUUAAGCUCUGGAAACAAGAUUUAUGCAUCUAAUAAAGUCUAUAACCUCAGGCUUAGGGGCUGGGGGCCGGAGGCUGACAGCAGGAAGUCCCGGGUGGUCAUGGGAGGGGAUCCCAGGAGGCUCCUAAUGGAGCUGUGCAUUUCCAUUGCCUGCUCUCGAUUCCCCCUCAGGCUGCUGUUGGGGGUGGAGGACAGGGGGGACAGCAGGUAUAAGAGGCUGGUGUGGCUGUAGGAAGGCGGAUGGCAGCAUGGAUUCCAGGCAGGCUGCUGUGUUGCUGGUGCUGCUGUUAAUAUGGAGCCACGCGGAAGGACUGGGGGGCCAGGAUGAAGACCAGAUCUUCAUGGAGGAAGACAACAGACCCCGCCUACCAAAGGAUGCCCAGACCCCUGGGUCACUCUUGCGCUCCCUGCUCCCGGCCAUGGAGAGACCCGGCCGGAGCCCAACCUUCCUGUUUCAACCCCAGAGGUUUGGCAGAAAUACCCAGGGUACCUGGAGCAAUGCACGGCUGAGUCCCCGGGCUGGAGAGGGGCUGAGCUCCCAGUUCUGGAGCCUGGCUGCCCCUCAACGCUUUGGGAAGAAGUGACAUGUCAUCCCUGAUGUGUUUGCAUGCAAGGCCCACACCCAAAAGUGUUAAUGUGUGCCCCCUCCCCCACCCCCUGACAAAUAAAGCUGCCUGGCUUCUGAA